UUGAAUCUGGUUGAAAUUUCAUCGGACCAGUAAGGCCGUAAUCCAUUGUUCCCCUUCCAUCGCUACUAUAAUAAAUCAUCCAGAUCCGAAAGUCUCCUCUCUUCCCUCCCCCUCUCUCCUAUCUCUACCUCUCUCCUCUCUCUCCCUCCCUUCCGUCCGGUGAUGGCUAUUGGCGGCGGCGAAGAUGAUCGUCUCAUUGUGAGUUUCGGCGAGAUGCUGAUCGAUUUCGUACCGACAGUAUCGGGCGUAUCGCUUGCGGAAGCGCCGGGGUUCAUAAAGGCCCCCGGAGGAGCUCCGGCGAAUGUGGCCAUCGCCGUCGCUCGCCUCGGAGGCCGAUCCUCUUUCAUGGGAAAACUCGGCGACGACGAGUUCGGCCGCAUGCUCGCCGCGAUCCUACGUGACAACGACGUUUCUGACGAAGGCGUUACUUUUGACGCCGGUGCGCGCACCGCGCUAGCUUUUGUCACCCUCCGUUCCGAUGGCGAGCGGGAGUUUAUGUUCUAUCGUAACCCUAGCGCCGAUAUGCUUCUUACGCCAGCUGAGCUCGAUCUCGACCUUAUCCGCAGGGCGAAAGUCUUCCAUUAUGGAUCUAUAAGUCUAAUCACAGAGCCAUGUAGGUCAGCUCAUUUAAAGGCCAUGGAGGUUGCCAAGGAAGCAGGACUUCUACUCUCUUAUGACCCAAACCUUCGGCUACCAUUAUGGCCUUCUGCAGCAGAGGCGAAGGAACAAAUUUUGAGCAUCUGGGAUCAGGCUGAUAUCAUUAAAGUUAGUGACGUUGAGCUUGAAUUCUUAACUGGUAAAGAUUCAGUAGAAGAUGAAGUGGCCUUGUUGCUGUGGCGGCCAACCUUGAAGCUUCUACUGGUCACCCUUGGUGAGCAUGGUUGCAAGUAUUACACUAAGGAUUUCCGAGGGGCUGUUGAUGCAUUUAAGGUUAACCCAGUCGACACCACUGGAGCUGGCGAUGCAUUUGUUGGUGCCCUUCUCUCCAAAACUGUUGAUGAUAUGUCUGUAUUGCAGGAUGAAAAGAAAUUGAGAGAAGUGCUCAGAUUUGCAAAUGCUUGUGGAGCAAUCACCACCACCAAAAAAGGAGCCAUCCCUGCUCUGCCCAGCCUCGCAGAUGCGCUGGCGCUUGUGGAGAAGCCAUAGAACAUCUUCAACAAUGCUCUGCCUUUCUUUCUCUCUUCGCUUGCGUUAUAAAGCUUUAUUGUAAUGUUUAAUAUGCACUUGUGGUCAUUAUGGGGCUCUGGUUUGUUUCGUAUGUGAUUCUAUGAUUUCUUUCAUAUUUUGUAUCAAAUGUUUGUGUGAUAAACUUUAUUUUUUUCUGCAAUAAAUUUGCAUGAGGUGGCUAUUAAGGAUUG